AUUUAGAAAUCUAAGAACCCUAGUUUCGAUUUUUCCUUUUCAUCAUCUUCGAUUUCAAUCUUAAACAUAAUUCUGAGCUCGAAUAUGAGCAAUUCAUCCGGAGCUACGAGUGGAGCAUCAAAUGGCGGACAGAGAAGAAGAAUUAUGGGUGUGCCGAAGAUCUGUUGGUGUGGAGCUAGUAUCUCGGCAAUCAUUUCAAAGUCAGCUGCAAAUCCAUACCGUCGUUACUAUCGUUGUGCUUACGCUGCAUCACAUAAGCUUAUCGAUGAUAACCACACUUUCAAGUGGGUUGACGAAGCAUUGUUGGAUGAGAUAGAGAGAUUGACUGUAAGAACGUCUGCACUUGAACAAAGCAUGUCCCAGAUUACAACAGAGACUAUGGAUCACCAGAAGAUAGUUUUUGAGAGGAUGCAAAUGAAGCUAGAGAAAGAGAUUUUGGAGAGGGUAGAAGAAGAACUCUUGGAUUCCAAAUCAAGCAUGAAGAAAAUGUUGAUUGCUGUCAUUGUAGGUUGUAUGAUCAUGCUUGGUUUGAGUAAAAUGAUAGGUUGAGAUGAGUGUAUUGGCUUGUUGUUGUUGGUAUCUAGUUUGGUCUCUGUUCUUGUUGUUGUUUUCUCAUAUUUGAAUUGUUGUGCUUGUUGUCUGUUUGUAUCAAGCAUGAUUAUGUUUGUGUAAUGAAAACAAAAUUUGGAG